CGUCUACGUUGACCAGUCGCUGCCUUAAUUACUCCGUCAAGAAAAACUCAGAUUUCAAAACCAAUCCAAAGAAGACCUAAUUGUUCAGUGCGUGUCCUCUUCACAACUCCAUCGCAAUAACAACAGCUUCUGCUCGACUUUGAAUCGAUUUGUUUUCAGACCUUUGAAGCCGAACAAAACUCUAGCAGUUAUCCUUUAAGAGAGUCGCAGAGUGUGAAAGAAAUCAAACAGAAUUCAUAAUGGCUCAGAAGCUUGAAAUGAUCAGAGGUGGAGGAGGAUCAAUCAAAAUAGGAGCAACAGGAACAGUCGCAACUCUAAUGACUCGUGAGCUAGACUCCAUGAAACAGCCUUCGCCUCAGACUCCCACAACAAGACCCGUUAGAACAACUAUUCCUGUCUCUGUAGACUGUGGCACAUCUUCGUCCACUCCAAGAAGACCAAAACCAAGAAAAUCGUCAGACGAAGCUAGCAGCAGCAAUGCUAGAACACCAAAGGGUCACAGCACCAAAAGCACUCAUCAGCUUCCAAAUGUUGGGUCUGAUAACCUUAAAACACCAAAGGGUCACAAUGCAAAAAGCAGUACUCAUCAGCUUCCAAUGCUUGGCUCUGAUAAUGUAUCGUUGCAAGGAACUCCUAGAAGAGAGAAGAGAAUGAACAUUGUGGAUAUUGUGGAUGUGAAAUGCGGGAAUCCAGAUCGAGCUUGGGCUAAUCCCAUAACCAGCCGACUCAAGAAGCUUGGAUUCUCUAAACUCAAUGAGAGCAUUGGUUAA